UCCGUCGUCGCCUUUUGGUAAGGGGGUGGGGGGGCGAGAUCCUUCAUCCAUUUGCGUCGCGAACGCCCCGGCGCAAGAGCUAAAGAGAAAGCAGCCCAAAUCUCCAACUCAAAGCCAAUGAUGGACAACGCCGUGCCCUCUCCGUCUGCCAAUCACAUGGAUGAGAACGGCCACGGAAGCGACACCGACUCGAAUCCCGACGAAUCCGCGGAGUAUUACCAGCCGAUCUCCGCCGCCGAUUCCGAAUCGGACUCCUCGGCCGAUCUUCCCCAGCGUCUCCCCAACGGCUACUGCGUCGAGAACGGGGUGUCGUCUCUCAGCGUGGACGACGGCUUCGAGCUAACGAGCAGCGAAGACGACGCCGCCGACGAUGAGGAGGAGGAGGAGGAGGAGGAGGAGGAGGAAGAGGAGGACGAGAGAGCGAGAGAGGCUUACGACGCGGCGAUGCGCACAGCGUUCAGGGAAGAUGAGACCCGAAGGAAUGCGCCGUUGACGCCCCACAACGCCACGAGAGUGAUGGAAGCCAUGCGCGGGGUGUCGUUUGGUGGACUGGCUCCCGACUGGGCCCAGAGCGUGCCCGAGGAUCAGUGGACCGAGCGUCUCCGGAGGCUCCGGCAGCCACCGCACCCCUCCAAUUGAUGCGGCGGGAGACGGAAGUGAGGGGAAUUGCAUAUGUGCUAUGGAGGUUAGGAUUAUUCUUGUCCUGAGAGAUUAAUGAUUCGAUAGCGCGCCUGAAUGCCCAAAAGACGUUCGAGGAAUUUCCCGAGAGAAACCAUGAGAUUUGAUACCGUACGCAUUGCGAGGUUUUUCUGCAUAUUAGCAUUCGUUUCUGGACUACUGUCGAAGAACAUGCUGUUGUUGAAUGAACCGGAGGGGACAUUCGAGUUUUAGCCGUAUAAUUCAUGGCUCGAUUGAAAGAGGCCUUCCAUCUUUUUAACUUAUAUGCCAUUUUUCUUGUUUGUCUGGAACAUUUGCUGCCUCCCCAUUCGGCAUGCAAGAGCCUCCUCAAGUAUUGUAAAGUACUGAGAUUUGUUAGCA